UGGGCUGUGUGCCAAAGGUUGCCGAUCCCUGGCAUAGACUAAGAAUGAUAUAUUUGAAAUCCUAAUGCUCCAGGCUAGUUUAAUCCAGGUUUUUGUCUCUUGUCUGUUUAAUCCCUGUCACUUUUUUCAAUUGAGUAUGUUUGUUUUUUUUAAAAAUUGACUGUUAGCUCUUUAGAAGUCUUUAUCCCAGCAGAGGGCACUGGAGUCAGUCAGAUGAGGCUACUGGUUGGAUAAUGUGACACUUUGUUGUGCUUAUUUGUUAUCUCCAUGUUCGCUAUGCACACACGACUAGGGUUUAUAUUUCUUAAAAUACAGUUUUAAUACUGGAUUAGAAGUACAGUAGGAAAUGUUUCUAUUGCUAACCAUAGCUGUCAGCAGUAAGUCCUCCUGAAAGGAUGUUGAAAAUGGUUUAAUUUUUCUGCAUUAUUUUCAACUCAGAACCUGUAUGAAGGCAUCUGGACUUACAGAUGGAGAGAUACAAAUUAUAGUACCCCAAUAUACAUAUCUUUAAGUCUCUCUAAAAUAGCUUUUUGGUAACAUGCAACAGUGGUUUUCAACCUUUUUCAUUUAUGAAUCCCUAAAAAAUUUGGAAUGGAGGUGUAAACCCCUUUGGAAAUCAUAGACAUAAUCCAUGGACUAUGGUUAAAACCACUGUUCUAUGAUAACAACAACCAUUUGUGGAUCCCUUAGAUGUAGUCUGAGGACCCCAGGUUGAAAACCAUUGAUAUAGCAUAUAUGGACUAACCUGAUGGUGUCAGAUGGUAUAACCAUUUUUAUCAGCAUUUGUUUGGGAUGACUUAUGACCCAUAUGGCCAUCCCAAACUCAGGUCAAUAAAACCUUGAUGUCAUGCCACACCCAAUUUGGUUGAACAAUUAGGACCUGAAGUACAGAAUUUGACCAGUACUAUAAAUCAUUGUACCCAUUGUAGGCCUGGCUUGACAUAAGAAACUAGCCUCAUUUCUUAGUGGACAUGAUUGAGAAGGUGAAUGGAAGAUUAAGUUGUAAAUAGGGGCUUUGCAAGCAGUAUGCUGGAGUCAGGAUGUCUGUGCUAGUUAAGAUAAGCAGCAACACCCAGAUGUUAGGGACAAUGGACAAGAUAAACCUGGAAUGUAAAGAUCAGGUUCCAUAUGGACAGAGCAUGCUGUACAAGGAUUGGUUCCUGCAAAGUAACCAAUCCGAUCUGAAAGUGUGUAAUGUAUACAAAGAAAACUGUAUUCUGUGUAACUCUGGAUGUGUGGUAUGCCCUAUAUCCACCCCCUACACUUGAAUCUGAUCAAACCAGCAUAGCUUUGCUGUAUGCCAAAUAAAGGAACCUGAGUGAUGAAAUCUGGAGUCAAAUUGAGUAUUUUGAAUCCCAGAGAACUGGCUGAAGUGUUCUCCCUGGAUAAGCCAAGUGGUAAAGGUCUCAGAGAGAAUCCCAACACCCAUCUUUGUGGUUUACCCUUAUAAUUGAUGAGAGCUGGUGAAACUGUUCUUGACAGGCAUUGUGAAUUUAGCCCCUUUUUUGGUUUAGUGAAUCAUUUUCAAACUAAUUUUGAUUUUCUCUGAAUGUAGUUGUUGUUUAUAAGUAUUUAUUGAACUGUGUGGACAAAUAACUUUCAGCCUAUGGGGUUGAUUGUAGACUGCGGUUGACUUAUUUGCACUGUCUGGUUUGUAAGUUAAGUCAUGUAAUAUUGUUUCUCUUCCUUCACUACAAGUCUGAAAUUUUUUAAAUAGGAAAAUGUCAAAUAUUAAAUAGCACCAAUCUGUAAAUAUUUCUGUCAAAUAAUCAUUAAUGAUAAGAAAAAAAAUGAAACUACAGCCAUUCAGAAACAUUUUCAUGAGUAUUUGAUGGGUUGUGUGAGUGUGAAUAUCUGGAUUAAUCCCACCCUGUGUGAACGUGAACACACUAUUAAGACUUUUAUGUUUCUUGCUCUUUCUGUUAGCUGCAAUCAUGACAGCAAAUUUCUGUCCAGAGGGGCUUUAAGCUUGCUAGAGUUUCACCCAAAUGCGGCAAACUAGGGACUUUAAAAACCUCAGGAGUUCAGGAUGUAAUAACAACAGUGUGGUUCACGGUUGGGAAUAGGGUUGUACUUGACUUUAAUUUUGUGAUGGGGCACGUGAAAAAUUAAAGGCCAAAAUUAGCUGUGGAGUAAGCAGGUAAAGCUCCAGUGAAGACAGUAGAACCUACUGACAGUAGGGCUGAAUUUGGCCCUGAAUCUUGGUAUUGCAAGAUCAGGUAGACAGCAAGCAUGUCAGAACUGGGUUCUGAGACCAGACGGUCAUUUCUAAGUACAGGAAUUCUGAAAACCCGACAAACUAAUAAAUCUACAGCCUAAUAAACUUUCACAGGAACACUCUUUUUAUGGAGCAUUUCACAAUUAAAUUCAAAGCAAGCCCUGUAUCUUUGGCAUCAUACCAAUGUACCUAACAAUCCCCCCGAAGAAGUGCUCUGUGUAAGCUUGUCUUUCUCCACAGAGAAGUUGGUCCAAUAAAAGAUAUUGCCUCACCCACCUUGUCUCUCUAAUAUCCCUGAACCAACAUAGCUACUACAACACUGCAUAUAAUAAUCCCACAUUUUGUUAAAUGAGAGAAACUUUGUAGGGCCAGCCUUAUUUAAACUGAGGCAACUUUGCCUAUAGAAUCAUAGAAGAUUAGGGUUGGAAGAGACCUCAGGAGGUCAUCUAGUCCAACCCCCUGCUCAAAGCAGGACCAACCCCAACUAUUCAUCACAGCCAGGGCUUUGUCAAGCUGGGCCUUAAAAACCUCUAAGGAUGGAGAUUCCACCACCUCCCUAGGUAACCCCUUCCAGUGCUUCACCACCCUCUUAGUGAAAUAGUUUUUUCUAAUAGCCAACCUAGACCUCCCCCACUGCAACUUGAGACCAUUGCUCCUUGUUCUGUCAUCUGCCACCACUGAGAUCAGCUGAGCUCCAUCCUCUUUGGAACCCCCCUUCAGGUAGUUGAAGGCUGCUAUCAAAUCCCCCCUCAUUCUUCUCUUCUGCAGACUAAAUAAGCCCUGUUCCCUCAGUCUCUCCUCAUAAGUCAUGUGCCCCAGCCCCCUUAUCAUUUUUGUUGCCCUCCACUGGACACUCUCCAAUGUAUCCACAUCCUUUCUGUAGUGGGGGACCCAAAACUGGACACAAUUCUCCAGGUGUGGCCUCACCUGAGCUGAAGAGAGGGGAAUAAUCACUUCCCUCGAUCUGCUGGCAAUGCUCCUACUAAUGCAGACCACGCCUUCAUGUUCCUCUAUUCUCCCUUUCUGUAACUGUUUCUUCUCCAUCUCUUGGUUAGUAUCUUCAGUUUUCUGUUCCUUCCUUUGUCUCAACACUUCUGUUUAGUAACCUCUUUCCUCCCACCUGCUCCUGCCAUCCGUCCUGUCUUACUCUAUCACGCAUGUAAGGUGGAUUAGAAAAUUAGCUGAAAAAGUAAUUCAAUUCUUGAGUGCAAGAGGGAGAGGAUGCCAGAUGGGGUUAGUGUUGCGCUGUGCUUCAUCACUGCAUAUCAGCAACACUUUUCUCUUUCUCUCACCUGUCCUACAAGACUUCUCUGGUUUGUGCUGGAGCUAGGAAUGCAGAAAUGCCAGCUGAAUUGACCAUGAUGUCACAUCAAUAAUAUAAUUUUUUGGUGAGGUGAGGUGUUAAACAUCUCAUCAGUGCUGUACUCCAGUUUGGGAUUCUGCUAUUUCUGAUUUCAACAGCACAUUGCCAAAAAGUCCUGGAUAUAUAAAUAUAAAUCAGUAAAUUGAAGGUGGCAGAGAAUUUUCUUUUCCAACACAGAAAAGAAAACCAUGUACAAUCAGGCAUGGAUAGAACUCGGGAAGUUGAAUGGUGUGAGUGAUUUAGAAAGUCUCUCUACUGGUUUCAUGUGGCUAGUAGGAAAGUAGUCAAAGAAGCUAAUAGACUGGAGAACAUGAAAGCAUCAGCAAGUAUAUUUCCCCUCCUCCCAUGCAACAAUAUGCAAAUAUUUAGCGUGUAAAUGGAAACAAAAUAAAAUCCCACUUACUCCUUGGCAAACCUACCUCUUUGUGUUGUUCAAAGGCAGACGUUCUGGACAUGAGUAUUUUACUAACAUACCUUUCAUAGCACAGUAACAUUUUGGUGCAGAGUCUGCUGUUGAUCCACAUUUUGGGUGAUACAAGUAACCCUUACUUCUCUUGAGUCUCAUUCACACCUCUCUUUGCUCUAUAGACUGCAGGUCAGUCUAGAGCACUUCAUGAGUAUUCUUGAAAAGAAACAGGAAACGGUGCCAAAUCAUUUCUUCAUCCCGUUGUACUUCUGCUAUCAGAUCACUUCUUCUGUGGCAGAACCUGCAGCGGGAGGGUCUAGCAGUGAAGGAAAGUUCAGUGAGUUAAUAGUUGUAGUCUUAUUAAAGUUAUAUUGUCUAUUAGAAAUAACCAUGUAUCAUGGUUUCCAUACCAGUGGAUCUACUAUUGUCAUUUGUUUCUCUCAACAGUAUCUUUGAGUGUAAAUUUAGUAAAUACAUACACAAACUAAACACACAUUUUACCACCCUAUAUUAUCAUAUGGAUACAGGGCAAUUGAAAUUACAUGUAUGCUGAUUUUUAAAAAUAAAUAAUCUAAAAAUACAUUCCAAGUGUGAUGGGUUUAGCAUACCCAUUGACUUGACUGUGCACUGUUGCUCUUGGUAGUCAGUGUACAAAGGGUAAAAUACUUAUUGCUAUUUUCAGCUAAUGGAGCUACUCAUUUUAGCUCAAGUAACGAGGAUUUUUGUUUCUGAAACCAGAAGUCCUACGUUCUAUUCCUAAUGCUGCCACCUUUUAGAUGGUAACUGUUGGCACAGUUCAGGGCAACUGCACCUGUAUUCCCCCUCUGUGGUCCGUCAAAGGCACCCACUCCAGGCUCCCAGCUCUUCAGCUGUCACAUCUCUCUCCCUUUUUAUUGGGGUUUUUCGAGCAGUCACCUCCCCCUGACGUUUCCUACCCUGCUGCCAUUCAUCCAGUUUAGUAGAAUUUUUUCACUUUUGUUUUAAUGCAUUUGUUUGUUUAUGUUGCUAUAUUCUGAACAGAGACUUACUUGCAUUGAUUUCAGGUAGGGUUGGGCAAGAAUUCAACAACAGGAAAAGCCAUAUCAGGAGGAGCAGCUGCUCUGCCCUGAAGGUUUUUUCACUCGUGAUCUAAAUCUAUAGUCACAUGUGAGUGUAUUUAUUUCCAACCGACCUGAGAAAAUCAAAGAAUUCCUUUACCUGAGAAAUAGUUUCUUUUGAAAUAAGCAAUAAAGUAAUUACUGCCUUGGAAUCCAAAAUCUUCCUGAUCCAAGUUUCAUUCAAGAGGGAUUCUUUGAAAGAGAAGGAAGUUACAUGAAGAUAAUCCUUCAGCUGACAUUUAGAGAACAUUGCCAAGUGGGAUACUACAGAGAACAAUAGGACAAGAAGCAAAUUAACUGAAGAUAAAGACAGAAAAGUUGAGGCCAUGUCUUCUAUUAAGAUUGAGUCUGUUGUGAAGGAGAAGAACAGGAUGGGAGAGUGCCCAGUAUGGGAAGAAAGAGAAAAUGCACUUGUAUAUGUGGAUAUUAAUUCACAGAAAGUUUGCCGCUGGAACUCAGUCACCAAUGAAGUGCACAGUGUGUCUGUGGAUGCUCGUGUUGGCUCAGUGGCCCUUCGGAAGUGUGGGGGUUAUGUCAUUGCCUUGGGAACCAGAUUUGCCUUUUUAAACUGGGAAACGGAGUCAGUAACCACUAUUGCUGAACUUGAACAGGAUAAACCAAACAACAGGUUUAAUGAUGGGAAAGUGGAUCCAAAGGGGAGAUUUUUUGCUGGUACCAUGGCUGAGGAGACAGAACCUGGUGUGCGAGCGAGAUGCCAAGGUGCCCUCUACACGCUCUUUUCUGACUAUUCUGUAGUGAAGCAGUUAGACCAAGUGAACAUUUCUAAUGGAUUGGAUUGGUCACUGGAUCACAGAACCUUCUUUCAUAUUGAUAGCCUGGCGUAUGCUGUCCAUGCCUUUGACUAUGAUGUGCACACCGGAAAAAUCGCCUGCGGUAAAGUUUUGUACCAAUUAGAAAAGGAGGAACAAAUGCCUGAUGGAAUGUGUAUUGACGCAGAAGGGAAACUUUGGGUGGCCUGUAUUGAUGGAGGGAGAGUGAUCCGUAUAGAUCCUGAGACAGGGAAAAGAAUCCAGACUGUGAAGCUGCCUGCUUCAAGGAUCACCUCCUGCUGCUUUGGUGGAAAAGAUUAUUCAGAAAUGUACGUGACUUCCGCCUAUGAUGGGCUAGACAAGGCAUCUUUAGCAAAGGAACCUCGAGCAGGGGAGAUUUUCAAGAUAACGGGCUUGGGUGUGAAAGGAAUCCCACAAUAUUCAUAUGUUGCUUAAAUAUUAACACUUUAUAGCACACAAAAUAAAUGCAUAGCCCAUGCAGGAGCUGUUUUGAACAGGAACUGUUCAUUGAAUUGCAAAACUAUCUAUCUGAAGAUUUUUCUAUGCACCUUUUGGAACUUAGAACCAAAUUUUCCUUCUCCAUGUUUGGCUCUACAGCAUGCUACCAGAGUGGAAUUUUAGCAGACGCAGAUAAUGAGGUAACACUAGAAGUGAAAACAGAUUUUCAGAAUGCGUAGGCUUGUAACAUUUCUUAUGCUCUUGCAUAAGCCUUCUUUAUUAUUUACUCCAGCAUUCCUAGUUUUAAAAAAAUUCUUAUGGCCAGUUCUGCCCUGACGUACUUAUGUAGUUCUGAAGACAGAAUUUGAUUUAUGUUUUCAUGUUACAAUGAUGUAACUGUGAUGAGAUAUGCUCUGAUUUACGUUAGUUUUUCAAAUAUGUUGACUUGAACCUGAUGGUGGUUCUGCUUUUGGAUUUCCCAUAAGAGUGUUUUUGGCAGUCCUACUUCUCCAUUUUGAGUUAUUUAUUUUGCCCCACGGAACCUUUUGUCCUUUCACUGUCUUUAUUUCUGUCUUGUCUUUUUAGUUGAGGCCAAAUUGUGCGCAGUUGAAAAUAAACUGUGAUCAUGUUACAAAGUGCAUUUUGAAAAAGUUCUUUUGAAACAAAAAUUAUCCUGGGAACACUGUAUGAGUCAGCAUACACACAGAGUCAGCAUACACUCAGGCCUUGAGAUACAGGCUUACCCUAUUAUAUUGCCGACUGAUGCUCUAUAUAAUCUCUCUGGUAGAGAGAGAGAGAGGGAAGGAGGAUGGAUGGCCACAGACAGACACACACACACACACUUCAUUGCUUUUGUUAUACCUUCUUUCCCUCCCUUCACUCCUGUGGCAGACAUGGCACCUCUUUUCCUCCACUGCUUAGAGUCUGUUCCUUCUCCCUCAUAUUCCAUGUUCUUUCUUUCUCGUGUGCCAUAUUCUCUUCCUCUCUCCUUCCCUCUCUCCAUUCCACUAAUGUCACUCUUUUACAAUCCCCAUCUCUCUUUAAAAGGAUCCUCAUCGCAUUGUAUAUCGAGUUCGAAGUUCUUGUCCUUGUCUACAAGGCUCUAUAUCUCUGCCCAGGUCUCUCACUGCACUACCCCAGCCUCUUCCCUCUCCUAAAAUUGACUGCUUUCUCCCUAUUUCUCCCACACAAACAUCACAGUGCCUUAUUCCAUGCCACCACCUAUGCCUGGAAUGCUCUCCCAGAAUCUGACCUCAUUAAAAUCCCUCCUAAAAUCUUGCCCCUGCCACAAGGCAUAAGGAAAAAGGAGGAGAGAAGAAUAAUAGUUUGUAGGAAGUCUGCUUCAAGUACCUGAGUCAUGGCAUAAUCUUAUUUAUUUAAUGCUGUCCAACUGGCUCCUAGCCCACCCUUUGUUCUCACCUCACUUAAUUGUAGGUUGUGAGAUCCUUGAGACAAGAACCUUGUUUAAUUAAAUGUCACUGUGAGGAACCUAUUAUGUAACUGGGCACCAUACAAAGAAUAAUAACAUACCCUCAGUCUGUCCCUCAGACUGCUACUCAUCAUAGAAAGGAAGGUGGGAGACUUGGAAACUCAGCACUAGGAGUUUUGGGAGUGGGGGUGGGAACAGAGAUGGGUCUCUUCCAUAUUGGAAAUCCAUAGCAAUACAUUCUGGGUCAGAUUUUUUUCUCUUCUUCCCCUGGAUGAGAGGGACUUCUGGAUUCUUCACUCUAUCCCCAGUGGUGACCGGCAAGAGCCAGGGAUGAUUGAGUGAGCAGUGGACUUCUCUUUCUAUGCAGGCAAAGGCUCAGCCCUCAGCCUGCCUGCAGUGAGCAGGGCGUGCGUGCAGCAGCAGCAUAAGGAAGCAGCAUGCCUCUUCUUUCUAGCAUGUGCUUCCAUUGCUGGGAUUGCGAAGGGACGGAAUGGGGAACUAGUGCACUUUCAAUCAGACAUCUGAAGAAAAUCAGUCAGCUCACCAGCCUGGCUGCCUGGUGUCCCGGCAUGGGCUUGGGCGAAUUAUAAACACUUGAUUGUGCUAUUGUAUCACUUUUCCAUUCCCAAAUGUGCAUCAAAAUGUCAUGUAUAAUCAUUCAUUAUACAGGGCACAGAUAUUGAAGUCAUGUUUAAAGUCUGAUGUAAAAAUA